UCCGAACGCAUCAGUCCGAUCUGUCCGCUCGCGCCGUCAUGCCGGCCCGAGAACACAGCACUGGUUCUACGUCGUCUUCCGGUCCGCAACCGUCUUCUGCAGUAGUUCGCGAAUAACGCUCUAUUCGAACCCCACACAUUAUCCGACCAAAUCAUUAUCAUAAUAAUUAUAAGUAGUGUCCGAGGAAUCACGUGUUUCUAUUCAAAACAAAAGCUACAUUUUUUUCUCUCCAUUGAACUUAAAAAAAAAUUAAUUAUAAUUUUUUUUAAAUUAAUUUUUACACGCCCGAAAAAAUAAUAUCGUAUAGGUAUUAUAUUUAAUCUUCUCAUCAUAAAUAAAUGGCUGGAGAGUUUUCACGUUGACACCGGUCAUUCGUAAGAUUCGCACCAUGUUCGCCAUGUCACCGAGAUGCAACCGUCUGAGGUGUCUAUUAGUGUUUUUGCCCGCCAUGGCAGUGGUGAUGCUGUUGGCCGACCGAUGUCUCGGGUCCGAUAACAACAACAACAACAACAACAACGUCAACGGCACGGCCACGCCGACCGCCGUGGCUGCUUCCGAACUGUCGUCGUCGUCGUCGUGGGCCGCCGCGGUGGCUGCCGAUUAUUCGACGCAAUCGCCUAUGACGAACGGCGGCAACGAGACGGCCGCCGGACAGACGGCGGUCGGAAAGCCCAGCAAGUUCGACGAAAACGUGGAGGACUGGCAGUACGUGGACGACCCGCUGAAGAACGUGACGGCCGCGGUCGUCGUACCAGCUGCGGUGGUCGCGGGCAACUCGACCGCGUGCAAGAUGUGCUCGAUGGACAAGGCCAAGACCCGGCGGAACAAGCGCAACCACGACGUCCGGUUGUACAAGAUGGCCGUCAAGUCGUCGCGACACCGUGACCUGUACGCCCAGCUGAUGGCCUCCGUGGCGGCCAAACAGUCGUACCGGCGCAAGCGGUUCCGCCGCACGCCGGCCCCGUCGUCGUCCGAGUCGUCCACGUACAAGCAAUUGUUCCGGUACAAGCGGUACAGACGGUCAGUCGCCGACGCCGCCGCGGUGGCGGUGGACGCGCCCGCCGAGGACGCCGCGAACACGGGCGCCGAAGAAACCGGCGCGGACGCGGCCGCAGCAGACUUCUCGGUGGCGCGCUUGUCGGCGUCCAAGCAGCUGUACCGGCGCAAGCGGUUCCGGCGUUCCGCGGUCGCCGCGUACCCGAACGGCAUGAUCCGGCCGUACCACUAUAACAGCAACAACAACAACAACAACAACAACAACCACCUGCACCGGUACCAGCAGCCGCAGCACGCGCCCUCGCUGGCCGCCGACCUGCAGCUGCAGCAAAACCGUCGCCGUCGUUACCGGUACGCCGCCGACCCGUACCACCACAAGCGGAACGGCCCGGCGGCCACCGCCUGGGACCGUUCCGCCGAGUUCCGGCGCCGGUACCUCCGGUUCCCGCCCACGCACGACGCGCCGCCGCCCGCGUACAACAACAUCGUCAACAGCAACCCGUGGUCGCCGGCCGCCGUGCUGCCCGGCCACCUGUCGCAGCAACCACAGCAGCCGUUCAGCUAUCUGCCGCAGUACCCGAUCCAGCCGCAGCAGCCGCCGCCGUCCAUGGGGCCCAGGAGUCCCAGGCUCGUGUUCCGGGACCCCGUGGACCAGGGAACGUUGCAGGCGCCGUUCGGCGGUGGUCCCAACGGACUCCAGGACCUGUUGGUCUCGCAGCCCGAUGACGUCAAAGAUGAAUGGACCGACUUGGAAGUAGACAGCAAGCGCAAUAGUUUAUGCAAUACAGGAAGCUGCGAAUUUUUGUUAACUUGCUGGAUGGCAUCCGGUUACAUUGAGAGCACCUGUGGCGGCUUCCUGUACGUCUGUUGCGACCGAAAUUCCGCCAAAACGAACGAAAAUAUUGCUAUCAAUACUAACAGAGCGUCGGUGCCGGUCGAUUAUGGCCCAGUGACUAACGACCCCAGUUGUGGUGUUUCGGUGGCCAAGCAACAAGGAGCGCAAAGAAGAAUUGUUGGAGGCGACGAAGCAGGGUUCGGCAGCUUUCCAUGGCAGGCUUAUAUUCGCAUUGGAUCCAGUCGGUGCGGCGGUUCGUUGGUGAACAGGUAUCACGUAGUAACAGCCGGUCACUGUGUCGCCAGGGCUUCGGCGCGACAGGUGCAGGUGACACUCGGCGAUUACGUGAUCAACUCGGCGGUGGAACCGUUGCCGGCGUACACGUUCGGCGUCCGCAAGAUUAGCGUGCAUCCGUUCUUCAAGUUCACGCCGCAGGCCGACCGGUUCGACGUGGCCGUGCUCAGGCUCGACAGACCGGUGCAAUACAUGCCGCAUAUAGCGCCCAUCUGCUUACCGGACAAGGGCGAAGACUUUUUGGGCCAUUACGGAUGGGCCGCCGGAUGGGGAGCUCUGCAAGCCGGUUCUAGACUGAGGCCGAAGACGCUGCAGGCUGUCGACGUUCCGAUCAUCGACAACAGACAGUGCGAGAGAUGGCACAAAUCCAACGGCAUAAACGUUAUAAUCUACGACGAGAUGAUGUGCGCCGGUUACCGGGAAGGAUCGAAGGAUUCGUGCCAAGGUGAUUCGGGCGGACCACUGAUGCUGGAGAAAACGGGCAGAUGGUACCUGAUCGGGAUCGUGUCGGCCGGUUACUCGUGCGCGCAGCGCGGGCAGCCCGGCAUAUAUCACAGGGUGGCGUUGACGGUCGACUGGAUUUCCUACAUAAUCAAUUCGUCGCAACAAUAGUAAUACAGCAGUGUACUAUGUAUACCACAUCUACACCGCGUGCUGUGCACAAGUCCCGACGGACCGAUGCAGACAUUGUAUAUAAUAAUAUUUUAAUAUUAUAUAUACGAUGCAUACCGCUUUUCCAAACUAUUCAUAUUUAUAACGUUAAUAAUUUAUAAUACAUAUUAUAGCAUGAUAUAUACGUAUUGUGUGCGACGUACGUUUAUGUGCGUUCGUAUAUUAUAUAAUAUAUUAUAUUAUUUUAUUUUACACUAUUUAUAGAUAUUUAAGUUAUUUUAUUUUAUUGGAUUAUUUUUAAUAACGAACCGUCGUGCUCGCCUGUACGCGAUCGCGGUGAUAUAUCAUUAUUAUUUCAAAUUAUUAUAAUA